UAUCCACAAGAGCUGCAUGACGAGCACAACGACUUGCCGUUCUUGCCUGUCAACGAUGUACCGCCGGGUUCCAAAGAGACCAAACUCAUGGCCACUUUGAAACCCAAACAGCGGUAUGUCGUACACUAUGUCAACUUAAAACAGGCAAUCGCACACGGACUGCAAGUCGAUAAAGUGCACCGCGUUUUAGAGUUUCAACAAAGUGCUUGGUUGAAACCAUACAUUGAGUUGAACACUGAAAUGCGGAAACAGGCGGCAAAUGCUUUUGAAAUAGCAUUUUUCAAACUAACGAAUAAUUCCGUCUUUGGGAAAACAAUGGAGAACAUGCGGAAACGCAUCCGUAAUAAGCUAAUCUCCAGUCCCGAACGUCUAAGCAAGCUCGUAAACCAACCAACCUUCAACGACUGUAUCAAAUACGGUGAAAGGUUGUGCGCCGUCAUAAUGGACACAAAGAUGGUCAAGUUUAUCAAACCAAUAUACGUCGGUUUAGCAGUGCUUGACAUUAGCAAUACGCUAAUGUACAAGUACUUCUACGACGUAUUGAAACCACAUUAUGGCAGUGCAAUUGAAUUGGUUUACAUGGAUACUGACUCCUUCAUAUACCUACUCAGAGUAGGCGACUUCUACCAGGAUUUAGCUGAUAGCCCCGAUUUACUAGUGCACGUGGACGCAUCAACGAUUGUAUGUAGGACGUUCUCGACGGUGACAAUUACUUAA